GCCGUAAAGCCCACAACUGCCGUAAAGCCUCCAUUCCGGAAGAAUAAGGCGGAAGUGAGCGUUGUUAGCGAGUUGGAAGCAUUAAAAAUGUUGAAAGAUCUGAUCAAGGAGCGACUCAUGGCGGCAGCCGACGAGAUAUUUGCGCUGUUCGAAAGAACCAUAGAGUCGUACGAGGAGGAACUUUCUCGAAGAAGAGAGGAGAAGGGUCGACAACAACUGCACGAGGCCGCUCGCAUAAAUCACAUUGACGACGUCCAGCAGCUGUUUGGGCGACAAGAAGAACGUCCUCCUCAGCCGCAUAAGGGGAGCUCCACUUUGACGUGGGAGGAUCCACGGCCCCCGCACAUUAAAGAGGAAGAGGAGGAGGAGGAGGUUUGGACCACGCAGGAAAGAGAGUGUCUUCUCGGGCUGAAGGAGGCCGAGUUGCCACUGACCGGUGUCUCUGUGAAGACUGAAGAUGAAGAAGACGAACCACAAGCAGACCAGCCCUUAGCGCCUCUGUCAGAUAGUGACGACACAACUUCACACUCUCCGGAGGACGAAGACGGGGACGACAACCAAGAACCUUUGAGCGGUGACAUGAGGACCCACACAGACAACAAAUACUGUGAAUGCUCUAAUAAGAAGACUGGUAAAAAUUGUGUCCACGGCUCAGAGAGCAGUUUUAGUCAACAAAAAACAUGCGCAGAAGCAAAACCUUUUAGUUGCUCAGUUUGUCCUACAAGAUUUACUAAAAAUAGCCAUUUGAACAAGCACGCGAAAACGCACAUAGGGGAAAAACCUUUCAAUUGUUCCGUUUGCGCCAAAAGAUUUACUAAUAAGAGCCACCUGAAUGAGCACGUGAGGACGCACACGGGAGAAAGACCUUUUGGUUGCUCGGUUUGCGUCAAAAGCUUUGCCAAAAAGAGCAAUUUGAACGACCAUAUGAAAACGCACACAGGCGAAAGGUCUUUCAGUUGUUCCGUGUGUGGCAAAGCCUUCUCGCAAAAAGUAAUCCUGGUAAGCCACAUGGCGACACACACGGGCGAUAAACCUUACAGCUGCUCGGUGUGCGUUAAAAGGUUUGCUAAAAAGAGCUAUUUGAACGUGCACAUGAAAACGCACACGGGGGAAAGACCUUUCUGUUGUGCAAUUUGUGGCAAAACAUUCUCCCGGAAGAUAUUCAUGGCCAACCACAUGAGAACGCACACGGGAGAAAAACCUUUCAGUUGCUCCGUUUGCGUCAAAAGCUUCGCCAAAAAGAGCAACAUGAUCGAGCAUAUGAGAACGCACACAGGGGAGAAACCUUUUAGUUGUGCAGUGUGCGGUAGAAGCUUCUCUUACAAGAACAACAGGAACGUACACAUGCUGACACACAAAACCAAAAACCUCUAGGUGAAGAAGAUUUAAAGGGUAAAUACGGUAUCACACUUGAGAACUUGCAAGAGGAAACACUUUUGGUUGUUCGCUUCUCUAAAAGCUAUUUGGAUUUGACACACGAGAGCACUGUUGUUUGAAAUAAAUUGUGAUAUC